AUGGACAUCCACGAGAGGCUCGGCGAUUGGAAGGGCUACCCUAAGUCGAGUUGUUGUCAACACGCGCUAGCCUUUUUCGCGCACGGACUAGCCCUUCGCGCAGCGAGGGAUCCGUCCGGCGCCAUUUUCGUCCCACAAUCUCAGUGGAGCGACUGCAGCGGGCCUGUCCCGCUGCAGCCGGCCGUGUCCAUCAACACGUGUGGGUUCUCCGACUUCUACUACGGGAGCAGCAAAUGCUCGAGUCUACACUUGACACGUGUCGACAAGAGCGUCGUGGACCGGUGCUCCCUUUUCGGGCCCACCUCGUUUGACGAGGCGUGUGGGAGUUGUAACUCAGCCAUUGAGAAUGAAGUUGGGAAAUUGUUGGAUGAUUUGGCAGCGGAAAGGAAUGACGUGGAAGAGUCCGUGUGCCGCGUGGCUGUCAUCGUGGCAAUCAUGGUGGGGACGAAUAAUCGGACGGUAGGGAUUGAGAGCGGUGAUCUCGAGAGGUGCUUGCCAGGUUUGAGUGGGGCAGAUCCAGAGAAAUUUAUCAAGCUCAAUUACGGCGUAGCUGCAGCCCUUGUGGCAGCGAUUCUGGUGGCUCUCGGCGUCAUCGCGGUGUUCCACCGUGUGAGGCAGAAAUCGAAGAAGAAGAAGAGGAAAAACAACAACAAGAAUAUAGGCCUGAGCAAAGAACUCAUCACAAAAUGCUCAGGCCUCUACCGAUUCUCCAUAGAGGAGAUCGAAAACGCCAUGACCCCCGAGAAGAAGUACCUCGGCCGCGGCAGCGCCGGCGAGGUCUUCGCCGGCCAGCUGCCCAGCGGCCAGCUCGUCGCCAUCAAGCAGCUGUUCCGGAGCAGCGCUUCCGACACCUUCGCCAGAGAGAUCGACGGCCUGUCGAGGGUUCGGCACCUGAAUCUCGUGUGUCUGUUUGGCUGCUGCGUCGAUGGGGAACAGCAGUAUUUGGUGUAUGAAUACUGCCCCAAUGGGAAUCUUGCUGAGCAUCUCUUGAGUGAAGAAUGUGUCUUGACUUGGGAAUUGAGGGUGAGGAUUUUGAGGGAUUGUGCAGCUGCUCUCAAAUAUUUGCAUUAUCACAUGAGUGGAUGCAUUGUUCAUAGAGAUAUCAAGUUGACAAACAUUCUUUUAUGUCAUGAUCUCGUAGCGAAGCUUUCGGAUUUCGGACUAGCCAAAAUGUUGGGGAUGGAAGAGAGCAGGGUUUUCACCGAUGUUCGAGGAACCAUAGGCUACAUGGACCCCGAAUACAUAGUCAGUGCCAAACUCACUUGCUCGAGCGAUAUCUACAGCUUCGGCAUCGUCAUACUGCAGCUCUUGUCCGGACAGAGAGUGUUCGACCUUGACCUCGCCGCCAGGGACCAGCUCACAAGAAAGGCGAAGGAUGUGAACGCGGGAUUAAGGCCGUUAUCGGAGUUCCAAGAUCCUCGAAUGGGAGAUGUAAACAGUGUAGACUUGCAAUCCAUUUUGGAAAUUGCAGUGUUGUGCACUGCUAGUUCGAGCCGAGGUCGUCCCACCAUAGACUUGGUCUGCAAUGAAAUGGAGAGAGCUUGGAGAAACACUUGUUCCACUUAAAAUAUGUUGUUUAUACUUUCAAAUGUUUGGGGUGAUGCUAAUUAAGAGUCUUGUAUUAGAUAGUCUCAUAGUUUACAAAUCCUCAUUUGAAAUCUUUUAUCCAUC